AUGGCCGGACCUUUUGAGGCUAUCGACCAGUUGAGGUUGCAUGAAGGGCCAAGGCCUGCAGAAGAGGAACGAAGACUUGAGACGAAGUUCUGGGAACUUGAUCAUCAGAAAUCCGUAUCGAUUCGGGUCGAUCCCCCUUCCAAGAAGAUUAUAAAGAAAAAGGUUGCGCCAGCGCCACCGCUGGCACGAAAAGCUGAGGUACCAAAGAAGGAGCAGAAUCCGUUGUUCGAGAAACGUUCACGUAAUUUCGGAAUCGGCCAAGAUAUACAACCGAAGCGUGAUCUAACACGAUUUGUGCGAUGGCCGAAAUACGUGCGCCUGCAGCGUCAGAGAGCUGUUUUGAUGAAACGCCUGAAGAUUCCACCACCUGUAAAUCAGUUCCGCACCACACUUGAUAAGCAAACCGGUACUUUUUUUUUGAUGAUGUCAUAUGUUUCGAGAUGA